UUUGAGGGCACAAGAUUAGGGCUUCUCUGCAGGGUGGUGAUUUUUUUUUUUUUGCCAAACACCUUAUCUGUCUUGCACACUGGGAAAGCCAGACACUGUGUGCUCACAGCAUACAAACAUGCAUUUUCUGCUCAUUCUUGGCCUCAUGGUGUCAUGUACUACACAAGAGGAGAGCUCUCCGAACCGCUGCGAUUCCCCACGCGCUGUCAGCCUCUCCACCCCCUGCACCAGCUGCGCUGCCUCUACCACUGUGCUGUGCCCCAGGGGCUUCAGGAAGACCACUACGGGCAUCGGGAGUGCGGACUGCAGUUACACUGUUGACAUCGGCGGCCGAACAAUCGCCCUACCUGGCUGCCGGCAUACCUGUGAGAAGGUGGUCACAGAGCACAGGUGUUGCCCGAACUUCUGGGGGCCUCUGUGUUUGCCAUGCCCCAGUUGGAACAGUAAGCCUUGUAACUGGCAUGGUACCUGCAUGGAUGGUAGUGAAGGGAAUGGGACCUGCAUCUGUGAGGAAGGAUUCACAGGUUUUGCAUGCCAAGAAUGCAAGAAUAAAAAUGCUUAUGGAGAGCACUGCAACUCAGAGUGUAGCUGUGUCCAUGGGGAGUGUAACAGUGGCCCCAGUGGUGAUGGAGGCUGCUACUGCCAGCCCCCAUACACAGGACCAAAGUGCGAUCAUGAGACUGCCUCCUGUGCAAACUGUACUGCCUACUCCUACUGUGAAGGAGAAGGAGACCAGGCAGCCUGUCUGUGCCUCCCGGGGUUCAGGAAGGUCGGGCGCAUAUGCUCAGGUGUUUGUUCUCCAAAUACCUGUGACGUGAAUGCAGAAUGCUCGUAUCUGGGGGCAAGAAAUUUCCAGUGCAAGUGUAAAGAAGGCUAUGAGGGAGAUGGCAAAGUUUGCCUCCCCGUGAAUCCCUGUGCAAGGGACAACGGGGGUUGCCCUGUCAACUCCACCGUCUGCGCAUACGUCAGCCCCGGCAAGUCACGCUGCGUGUGUAAAAGUGGCAUGGAGAGCUCCUCUCCCUCAGCUGGCUGCACCCUGAAGUCCGCCUGCACAGAAAAUACAUGCGACCGGAGCGCACAGUGUGAGACGGACCCAGACGGCCUGCCCAGAUGCGCUUGUGAUGCGCAGCAGAUUGGUGAUGGCAGACGUUGUUACGGUGACAUCAUGGAUCGGGUCGUGGAACUGGAUAUAAACGGCAACCAGAAAGGAAAGCUCACCGGCUCCAUCCCACUGUUCGAGAAGGGCUGCCAGUUGACUUUGAGCAAACAUGGGCCUUUCACAGCUCUCAUACCACUUCUCAAAGUGCCAUUAACUGGAAUCUCAGAAAGGUUCCUGUGCAAACAACACCUCAUUCUGGGCCAGCAUCUAUACAAAGAUUUGCAGAACAAUGACUUUUGGACAUUGGGUGGAGAAGCAGUUCGAUUCAAAAGCAACAAGCAAUUCAUCAUCAUGAAGGAUCCAGACACAGUGUAUUCGAUUAUCCAGAGUGACAUUGCUUCUGCCAAUGGGGUCAUCCACAUUAUUGAUCUGCCUAUUACAAAUGUACACCAUGACAAUUCCGGCAAUGAGCAGCUUGCCAAUCAGACCAUUGGAGAAAUUCUUACAAGGGACCCGAAAUAUAACAGAUUUCUGUCACUGGUAGAUAACUGUGGUGCACCCAUGCCUUUGAGGGGGCCCGGGCCUCUCACAGUGUUCAUCCCCACCAACGACGCCGUGGAUCGGGCCAGAGACGGCAGUUUUAUCUACAUGCUGACAGAUGCCAAGCACAAGCUUCAGGAGCUUCUGCGGCACCACAUGUUCUCCACUGCUGCGGUUACAGUGGACCAGAUCGCUAGCAUGUCUGGGAUUCAGACAAUGGCCAAUCAAAUUGUACAAGUCAAUGUCACUAGUGAUGGAAGGAUAUUGCUGGGGGACAAAGGAAUACCUUUAGAAACCACUGACAUUGUGGCAUCAAAUGGAAUCAUUCAUAUGAUCGACGGUCUUCUUGUCCCACCUUCCAUCGUCCCCAUCCUGCCCCAUAGAUGUGACGUGACUGAGAGCAAGAUCGUUGUGGGUCCAUGUGUGAAGUGCAGCUACCUGUACCAGACUGAGUGCCCAGCUGGAAGUAAAGAACUGGACAGCCAUUUACGGGACUGUGAGUACCAGGCUUCUCCUCUGAGCUCAGUUCUGAGCAGCAAGGGCUGUGCCAAAUACUGCAACACUACCCGAACGAGAGCGGAGUGCUGCAAGGGCUUUUAUGGACCAGACUGUAAGCCCUGCAUGGGCGGUUUCCAGCACCCGUGCUAUGACAAAGGGACAUGCAUUGACGGCAUCCAAGGAAACGGCACCUGCAGUUGUAACCCCGGGUUCGAGGGUGUGGCUUGUCACAUCUGCACGAACCGCAACAAGCACGGGGAGAACUGUGAUGAGGAUUGCCGCUGUGUCCACGGCUUGUGUGACAACAGGCCAGGCAGUAUGGGUGUGUGCAGGAGGGGGACCUGUCUGGAGGGAUACUCUGGAGAGCUCUGUGAUAAAACAGCCAAGCCCUGUGACUCAGACGGGGCAUAUGAAAACUGUCACAUCCAUGCCUACUGCAGCUACGUUGGGAGCCAUACGACGUGUGUCUGCAUGUCGGGGUACGAAGGGGACGGACACUCCUGCACACCUGUCAACCCCUGCCUCCAGCCCAACCGAGGAGGCUGCGACCCCAACGCCCAGUGCGUUUACGCAGGUCCUGCUAACGCCUCCUGCGUGUGCGACGAGGGCUGGACGGGCGACGGCCUCGUCUGCGCCGAAAUAAACAACUGCCUCCUGGAGAGCCGAGGUGGCUGUCAUAAAAACGCAGACUGCAAAUCCAUAGGGCCCGGACAGAGUGAGUGCAUGUGUAAGACAGGGUUCAUGGGAGAUGGCAUAGUCUGUGACCUCAUCAACCUUUGCCUGUCUGACAACGGAGGCUGCCACUCACUGGCCACAUGUAAAACGAAGGAAGAAGGAGGCCAAGUCUGUAUUUGUCCUGCUGGCUAUGGGGGGGAUGGGACCACAUGUUAUGGCAGCAUACUUGAGGAGCUGGAUGGGAACUCUGACUUUAAUCAGUUCUACCGCUUGAUUCAGAAGUCUACUCCCAUAAAUCUCAGCGGCAAUUUGACUGCACUGGUACCUUCCAAGGAUGCUUUUAACAGUGUAAAUCAAACUGAAGUGGACUUUUGGAUGGACCCUUACAGGAUUCCAUACUUAAUCAAAGUGCACUUUUUGGACGGCGUAUUCACCAGUGAGGACCUGAAGCAGAAUAUCAACAAUAAGUUAGCAACUCUCAACCCACAGACUAAAUGGGACAUUAAGAACAAUAGUGGGGAGGUCAUGAUACAGAAAGCCUCCAUCCUUAUCCCAGACAUCCCAGCAGUGAAUGGGUAUAUCCACAUUAUUGAUAAGGUUCUUAGGCCCCCCCUCUCAGACUUCCCUCCUCCUCCCCCCAGCCUGAUGGACUUCCUGAACCGCACCCCGAUGUUCAGUCUCUUCAGACGGGCAACACAGCUUUACAACCUUACAGACAUCAUCAAAUCACAAAAGUAUACUCUUCUUAUCCCAACUGAUGAGGCCAUCAAGGAGUAUCUGAACAGAACAAAUUCUACAGAACUGGAUCAAGAUUUAUUCAAAUAUCAUGUCAUUGUCAAUGUGCAACUUUUUCCUGAAAACUUGGUGGGUGGUGUCUUCAGAGGCACUUUGCUUGGAUCCUCCUACCAGAUAAUGUUUCAUACUAAUAUACACAAUGAGACACUGGCCAAUGAAGUUGUUCUUAAUGGAAACUACAAUGAAACAAGAAAUGGGGUUGUGAUGGGUAUUCCCCAGGUUCUAGAAAUUCACAAAAACCGCUGCAACAAGGACAUAGUUUUAAACAUAAAAGGAAGGUGUGGUCCUUGUGAUUCGCCACCAAGAUGCCCCAUCAAUUCCAAACCUGUGAAGCGUGAGUUCUCUCCAUCCAUGGAAUCAAACUGCAAAUACAGGAAACGGGUUGGAAACAAAAGGAAAUCAGUACCCGGCUGUGUCAUGGACUGCUUGAGGCGAACAAAAGACCAUUCCUGCUGCCCGGGAUACUUUGGGCACGAGUGCUUCAAAUGCCCGGGGAAGGUAGACAACUGGUGCUCCAACAAUGGCAAGUGCCGGGAUGGUGUCCUCGGCAGCGGGGAGUGUCUGUGCAAUGAGGGCUUCCAUGGCACAGCAUGCGAAGACUGUGAGCCGGGGAAAUACGGCAAGGAAUGCAAGUCAGUGUGCAACUGCAGCCGUGGGAAGUGCUUGGAUGGAAUAGAUGGUAAUGGGAAGUGUUUGUGUUAUAAGGGAUGGAAAGGAGACACCUGUUCCGUGGAAAUCGUUCUAGAUGCAUGCAAUGGUACCUGCGAUUUCAAUGCAAACUGCAUCACAGAGGCACCAGGGGGAGUGCCCACAUGCUCCUGCAUAGCUGGUUACCAAGGGAAUGGAACCUUUUGCAAAGAGAUUAAUCCGUGUGACAAUGAUAAUGGUCACUGCUCAAAGUUUGCCAACUGCACAAAAACUCUUCCCGGAGAGCGGAGCUGUACCUGCCAUGAGGGUUACACUGGGGACGGAGUCGUGUGUCUCGAAAUAGACCGCUGUUCCGAAGACAAUGGAGGAUGCCACUAUAAUGCUGAGUGCAUCAAAACUGGGCCAAACUUGGUGGCCUGUGUCUGCACGGCAGGUUACUCUGGAAAUGGACACUACUGCUUUCCAGUAAACCCAUGUAGGACGAAUAAUGGUGGCUGCAGCUUCAAUGCAAGGUGUGCAUAUGUGGGUCCUGGAGAGCGAAACUGUACCUGCAUGUAUAGCUACAUAGGGGAUGGUUUAACCUGCAAAGGAACUGUCAAUCAUGAGAUGUUACGCCACCCAGAUGCUUCUUGGUUCCGCAGACAAUUGAUGACAUCUAGAGUGAAUGAUCUAUUGGGCAAAGGGCCUUUCACAGUUUUUGUACCGCACACGGAUUAUAAUGCAAAUUUUACGAUGGAACUAUGGGUAAAUUCAAGCAGGAUGGGGGAUCUCCUGAGGUACCACCUGGUGGGCUGUGAAAAGCUACAGGAGUCAGACCUUCAGUCCAUAGGAAAAGUGGUUGCUGUCUCUGGGCACACACUCAGCUUCACUGUCCGAGAGGGUGUUGUGUACAUCAACGAGGACGCCAGGAUCAUUACCAGCGACUACAUCACCUCCAAUGGGAUCAUUCAUUUUAUAGACAAGGUCCUCUUUCCAUAUGAUCUGGCAAACAAAACGAAACUGGUCCCACCAACGUUAAAUGUGACAGCUGCAGCAGAGGCAUACGGAUAUACCGUGUUCAGCAAAUUGCUACAGGCCGCCAACUUGAUGAGCAUGGUCCAGAAUUCCUUGCACCACCCCUUCACAAUGCUGUGGCCAACAGAUGAGGUUUUCAACUCUCUCCCUGAAGAGAGGAAAAGGUGGCUGUUCAGUGAAGACCACCAGGACAAACUGGCAGCUUACCUGAAAGCGCACAUCAUUCGUGACACCAAACUUCUGGCCGUACAUUUACCCAACGAAGAAUCAGUCAGAACAAUGUAUGGGUCAUCGUAUUCCUUCAAAUGUGAUAAAAAUACUGUUGGAGACAUUCUGGUUGAUGAUGGAAAUGCUAAAGUCAUUGACCGCCACCUGCUGUUUGAUGUGGGAAUUGCUCACGGGAUCGAUCAGCUUCUGGAGCCACCCAAUAUGGGCGCUCGCUGUGACAGUUACGAAGAAGUGAAGAACCAGGGCAGCUGCGGCAACUGCAUAGCGGCUCCUCUUUGCCCGUUCAGAUCCAGAGACACGGGUGAAACGAGUAUUUGCCUCAGGAGGAGGUUACUUCCAUACCACUUCCCAUACCGCUCCGUUUUUGACGAUCACUUCCCGCUUCGUUAUAGUUCACGCAGGAGCUUCCACAGACCGAUCGGCUGUGCGCGAAUGUGCGUAUCAGUACAGUGGGUACCUCGCUGCUGUACAAACCACUUUGGCAGAGACUGCCAAGUGUGUCCUGGGGGCCUGGAGGCACCGUGUAGUAAGCACGGACAGUGUGCCGAUGGCACGCAGGGCACGGGGAAAUGCGAGUGCCAAGCUGGUUUCACAGGAACAGCGUGUGAGCUCUGUGAGAGAAACCACUACGGGUCCAACUGCACGGCAUGCGCCUGCACCCAAAACGGACGGUGUGAAGACGGGCUGGAGGGUGAUGGGAGCUGCUUCUGCCAGGAGGGGUGGACUGGAGACCGCUGCCAGCACAAACUGGAGGUAAAGCCCGUCUGCACUCCUGAAUGCCACCCCGAUGCUGUGUGCAAGCCUGACAAUAUUUGUGAAUGUGAACCGCUAUAUGAAGGGGAUGGGAGAAACUGUACUGCUCCUGAUUUGUGCGGCGAUCAGAAUGGAGGCUGUCACCAGCAUGCAAGCUGUAUGCAGACUGGCAUCAACGUCACCUGUAUCUGUCUGUCCGGAUACUCUGGGGAUGGCUACUACUGCUCUCCCAUCAACAGAUGCGUGGAAGAGCCAAAUGGCGGCUGCAGUGACUUUGCCACCUGCUCGUUCACAGGUCCGAAUGAGAGACAGUGCGAGUGUCAUGCUGGCUAUGUGGGGAAUGGAAUCCAGUGCCUGGAAAAGGUUGUCCCUCCAGUCGAUCGCUGUCUGGAGGACAAUGGAGGCUGUGACCCGAAAGCAAACUGCAAGGACCUGCAUUUUCACGAGAACACUGCUGGCGUGUUUCACCUGAGGUCACCUUCAGGGAAAUACAAGCUGAACUACACAGACGCCCAGGCAGCAUGUGAAGCUGAGGGAGCCACUCUGGCUACUUUCUCCCAGCUAUCUGAUGCCCAGCAGCUUGGAAUGCAUAUGUGUGCUGCUGGGUGGAUGGAUGGAGCGAAAGUUGGCUAUCCAAUCAGGUUUCCCUCAGCUAAAUGUGGUGACAACCAUGUCGGCAUAGUGCUGUACAAAAGCCCUAUCGACAACAGCAGCAUGUACGAUACUUACUGCUACAGAAUGAAAGAUGUCUCUUGUGAGUGUGGACCUGAAUAUGUUGGUAAUGGGGACUUCUGUAAUGGAAAUCUAGUAACUGUUAUUGCCACCAAUUCAAAUUUCUCUGUAUUCUAUUUGACAUUGCUGAACCAUGCAAACACUUCAGCAGAGGGAGUAAAUCUAAUGAACUUUCUGUUAAGGAGUUCAACAUAUGUAACACUGUUUGUGCCAGAAAAUGCCGGAUUUUAUGGAAAUGAGACUUUAUCAUUGAGGGAUAUGGAGUACCACAUCUCCACCAAUAACAGUAUUCACUUCUAUGAAGAUUUGGAACAUGGUGCAGUAAUUCCCUCUCAACUGGGGCAUAACCUCUCAGUGACGAUACCCUCAGCCAACACAACAUCUAAAGCUGAUUCACCUCCUGACAAGCUGGUAAAUGAAAGGCUGAUUAUAGACUGGGAUAUCCCUGCAACCAAUGGGAUCAUACAUAUCAUUAAGGGACCACUGAAGGCUCCGCCUCCUCCUGUGGAACCUACAUCCUCCUCCUCCGCUCAUGCCCAGUCUGGCACUGCUGCUGUGACCUCUGUUCUCAUCGUCUUCAUAAUUAUCGGUGCAACUGCUGGCCUGGGAUACUACUUCCUGAAGCACAGGAAAGAUGCUUUUAGAUUUCAGUACUUUAAGAAUGAAGAAGACGAGGGCUCCCCCACCAGGCAAGAAGGGAAUUCCGCCCUGGUAUCCAUCCCAAACCCACUCUACAGUGGCUACAGUGCCUUUGCAGAACCUUUCGGGGAUUCACCUGACGUUGACCAAUUGGGCACACAUCAUAUUCUUGACUAGUCAAUAUAACAAAUGUUAUAUUAUGUUACAUGUUUUAAAAAUAUUUUGUUAUACACUGAUAAUUUUGAACACAACUGGAUGAAUGUAAAUAAAUGCAGAUGUGGGGCAGGUGAGCAGGGUCCAACAAAGAACUGUUCUUUACGAAUACAGUCUGGGGAGGCAGUUGCACCUGCUGUGUGUAAAGUCAUUAUGAGCCUAAUUAAUGUGUGAGGUGUUACUGUUUGAAUGUACACAUUACUAUAUUUAAACAAGUUGCACCAUGAUAGUUACUUUUGAUGUGUCGCAUAGUUAUUACUUAAAGUUUCAUUAGCUUGGUCUUGGGGCAGACUGCAAUACUUUUAACAGGUUGACCAGGAUAAACUACCGUCUACAUGUACAUGAUUAUAUUAAUGUCUACACAAAUAAAUGGCAUAAGUAAUAACUGAAUGCCAUUUUAAUAGCUUAUCAAAAAUUUGAAAGUUACAUUGACCAUGUUAGCAGAUGCCAUGA